CCCCGGCGCCGGCGCCCAAGCUCCACCCCUUGCCGGGCCGCCCCCUCCGCGUCUGCAGGGCGAGCUCGCCCAGCUCUGCGGACGCCGCCGCCUUCGCUGCCUUUUCCUCCUGCCCGCGUGCGGGGGCCGCGCUGCCCUGGGUGGGCGGUGGAACCCGUUCGGCUGCUAAACGCUACGUGCGGCGCAGCCAAUUCCUCAGCCCGCGAGGCGCCGUGACAGGUGCAGGUUGCGGGCUGAGGACCCACCUGCCGCGGCCGCCGCGAUGCCCACCAUGCGUAGAACAGUAUCGGAAAUCCGCUCUCGCGCCGAGGGUUAUGAGAAGACGGAUGAUGUCUCAGAAAAGACUUCACUGGCUGACCAGGAGGAAGUGCGAACUAUAUUCAUCAACCAGCCCCAGCUGACAAAAUUCUGCAAUAACCAUGUGAGCACGGCAAAAUACAACAUAAUCACCUUCCUUCCAAGAUUUCUCUACUCUCAGUUCAGAAGAGCUGCUAAUUCAUUUUUUCUCUUCAUUGCACUGCUUCAGCAAAUACCUGAUGUGUCACCAACAGGUCGUUAUACGACACUGGUUCCUCUCUUAUUUAUUUUAGCUGUGGCAGCUAUCAAAGAGAUCAUAGAAGAUAUUAAACGACAUAAAGCUGAUAAUGCAGUGAACAAGAAACAGACACAAGUGUUAAGAAAUGGUGCUUGGGAAAUUGUACACUGGGAAAAGGUGACAGUAGGGGAAAUAGUGAAAGUGACCAAUGGGGAACAUCUCCCAGCAGAUCUCAUCAGCCUGUCCUCAAGCGAGCCCCAGGCCAUGUGUUACAUUGAAACAUCCAACUUAGAUGGUGAAACAAACCUGAAAAUUAGACAGGGCUUACCAGCAACAUCAGAUAUAAAGGACAUUGACAGUUUGAUGAGAAUUUCUGGCAGAAUCGAGUGUGAAAGUCCAAACAGACAUCUCUAUGAUUUUGUUGGAAACAUACGGCUUGAUGGACACGGCACUGUUCCCCUGGGGGCUGACCAGAUCCUUCUUCGAGGCGCUCAGUUGAGAAAUACACAGUGGGUUCAUGGAAUAGUUGUCUACACUGGACAUGACACCAAGCUGAUGCAGAAUUCGACAAGUCCACCACUUAAACUCUCAAAUGUGGAACGGAUCACAAACGUACAAAUUUUGAUUUUAUUUUGUAUCCUGAUUGCCAUGUCUCUCAUAUGUUCUGUGGGCUCAGCCAUUUGGAAUCGAAGGCAUUCUGGAAAGGACUGGUAUCUCAAUCUAAACUAUGGUGGCGCUAGUAAUUUUGGACUGAAUUUCUUGACCUUCAUCAUCCUUUUCAACAAUCUCAUUCCUAUCAGCUUGUUGGUUACAUUAGAAGUGGUGAAAUUUACCCAGGCAUACUUCAUAAAUUGGGAUCUCGACAUGCACUAUGAACCCACAGACACUGCUGCUAUGGCUCGGACAUCUAAUCUGAACGAGGAGCUUGGCCAGGUAAAAUACAUAUUUUCUGACAAAACUGGUACUCUGACGUGCAAUGUAAUGCAGUUUAAGAAGUGCACCGUAGCUGGAGUUGCUUAUGGCCAUGUCCCUGAACCUGAGGAUUAUGGCUGCUCUCCUGAUGAAUGGCAGAGCUCACAGUUUGGAGAUGAAAAAACUUUUAGUGAUUCAUCAUUGCUGGAAAACCUCCAAAAUAAUCAUCCAACUGCGCCUGUAAUAUGUGAAUUUCUUACAAUGAUGGCAGUGUGUCACACAGCAGUGCCAGAGCGAGAAGGCGAUAAGAUUAUUUAUCAAGCAGCAUCUCCAGAUGAGGGAGCAUUGGUCAGAGCAGCCAAGCAACUGAAUUUUGUUUUCACUGGAAGAACACCUGACUCGGUGAUUAUAGAUUCACUGGGACAAGAAGAAAGAUAUGAAUUGCUCAAUGUCCUGGAAUUCACCAGCGCUAGAAAAAGAAUGUCGGUGAUUGUUCGCACUCCAUCCGGGAAAUUACGACUUUACUGCAAAGGAGCUGACACUGUAAUUUAUGAUCGACUGGCAGAGACUUCAAAAUACAAAGAAAUUACACUAAAACAUUUAGAACAGUUUGCUACAGAAGGGUUGCGAACAUUGUGUUUUGCUGUGGCUGAGAUUUCAGAGAGCGACUUUCAGGAAUGGCGAGCAGUCUAUCAGCGCGCGUCUACAUCUGUGCAGAACAGGCUGCUCAAACUCGAAGAGAGUUAUGAGUUAAUUGAAAAGAAUCUUCAACUACUUGGAGCUACAGCCAUUGAGGAUAAAUUACAAGAUCAAGUGCCUGAAACCAUAGAAACUCUAAUGAAAGCAGACAUCAAAGUCUGGAUCCUUACAGGGGACAAGCAAGAAACUGCCAUUAACAUUGGACACUCCUGCAAGCUUUUAAGGAAGAACAUGGGAAUGAUUGUUAUAAAUGAAGGCUCUCUUGAUGGAACAAGGGAAACACUCAGUCGUCACUGCACUGUGCUUGGUGAGGCUCUUCAGAAAGAGAAUGAUUUUGCUCUUAUAAUUGAUGGGAAAACCCUCAAGUAUGCCUUAACUUUCGGAGUACGACAGUAUUUCCUGGACUUAGCUUUGUCAUGCAAAGCUGUUAUUUGCUGCAGGGUGUCUCCUCUUCAAAAAUCUGAAGUCGUUGAGAUGGUUAAAAAGCAAGUCAAAGUCAUAACCCUUGCGAUUGGUGAUGGAGCAAAUGAUGUCAGCAUGAUACAGACUGCACACGUUGGUGUCGGCAUAAGUGGCAAUGAAGGCCUUCAGGCAGCUAAUUCUUCUGACUACUCCAUAGCUCAGUUCAAGUAUUUGAAGAAUUUAUUGAUGGUUCAUGGUGCCUGGAACUAUAACAGAGUCUCCAAGUGCAUUUUGUACUGCUUCUACAAGAACAUAGUCCUCUACAUUAUCGAGAUCUGGUUUGCCUUUGUGAAUGGCUUUUCUGGACAGAUCCUCUUUGAGAGAUGGUGUAUAGGUCUUUAUAAUGUGAUGUUUACAGCAAUGCCUCCCUUAACUCUUGGAAUAUUCGAGAGAUCAUGCAGAAAAGAAAAUAUGUUGAAGUAUCCUGAAUUAUACAAAACAUCUCAGAAUGCCCUGGACUUCAACACCAAGGUUUUCUGGGUUCAUUGUUUAAAUGGCCUCUUCCACUCAGUUAUUCUGUUUUGGUUUCCACUAAAAGCCCUUCAGUAUGGUACUGUAUUCGGAAAUGGAAAGACCUCCGAUUAUCUGCUGCUGGGAAACUUUGUUUACACUUUUGUGGUAAUAACUGUGUGUUUGAAGGCUGGACUGGAGACAUCAUCCUGGACAUGGUUCAGCCACAUAGCGAUUUGGGGCAGCAUCGCUCUCUGGGUGGUGUUUUUUGGAAUCUACUCAUCUCUGUGGCCUGCUGUCCCGAUGGCCCCCGAUAUGUCAGGAGAGGCAGCAAUGUUGUUUAGUUCCGGCAUCUUUUGGACGGGCCUGUUAUUUAUCCCUGUGGCAUCUUUGCUUCUUGAUGUGCUGUACAAGGUUAUCAAAAGGACUGCUUUUAAAACAUUAGUAGAUGAGGUUCAGGAGCUAGAGGCAAAAUCUCAAGAUCCAGGAGCAGUUGUGCUUGGAAAAAGCCUCACGGAGAGGGCACAACUGCUCAAGAACGUCUUUAAGAAGAACCACGUGAGCUUGUACCGGUCUGAAUCCUUGCAGCAAAACCUGCUCCAUGGGUAUGCUUUCUCACAAGAUGAGAAUGGGAUCGUCUCACAGUCUGAAGUGAUCAGAGCGUAUGACACCACGAAGCAGAGACCCGAUGAGUGGUGAUGCGGUGGGUUGCGUCUCCACAGAGAGCUCCCAGGUCUUCACCAGAAUCUGCUGGCCAGGUCCAGGCUGGCCCAAGGAGGAGAGAGGUGGAUCUGAGCUCACAUCGUCGAUUGACAUUCAGAUUCAUGUAUGUUAUAGACAUAAGCACUGUGCAACUAUACUGUAACACCAUGUCUUUCAGACUUUUUAAAGUAUUUGCUAAGUCUUUGCAAACGUAAAUGGGAAAUGACCAUGUAUCUUGCCAGAGUGCUUUCUUAAACUGAGAACAGGUCAGUAUUCUUAUGCCUUUACUUUGGGGCUAAAACUGUCCAUUUGUUGGAUAUACCAGAAGGCAACCAGCCGUUAAAAGCUCUAAAAUGGUAAUAAAGGAACUCUUAAUAGCAGACUCAGAUUUCAGAAUACGCUGAAAAAAACCAGCACUCUUCUCUAAAACUGACUCACCUUACUGAGCAAACUUCCUAAACAAGACAUUAAUAGGUAUUUGUGUCAAAAAUUGUCUCGAUAAAUGUUUGCCAAAGAAGUUCAGUGAACAUAAUUCUGAGAAUAUUCUGUAGCCAUUUGCCCAGAAAUGUAAGAGAGAGUUCACCUCCAGUUCUGCUGUUCAAGAUCUGCAUGCCCAACUUUUCAAAUGUAAGAGUGAUGUGCAAAAAAGUAUUUCAAGGCAUUUGCUACUAAAAUCUGUGAUGUUGCACCUUUGGCCUUACAAAUGCUUCCUUCUUGUUUGUCUUGUUUAUUUGUUAGAGGGCACACUUGGCAAUGUGGCUCUGUCAUUAUGCUGAUUUUUAAGGCUGUAUUUAUGUCUCAGUCAUGAGACAUUAUGAUGAAGUUUCAUCAUUUAGGUUUUUUCUAAAAAUCUGGCUUCUGUAGAUUGAGUGAUGUCAUUUUGUCUUAAAGUUCUCUCUCUUAAGAAAAAUAUGCUUAUGUAUUUAUGUGAGAUCUCCAAUGCUUCUGUCGAGACGUUUAGACAACCGUGUCGGAUAAAUGCAUGGGCUUUUGUACUAUACGUAGGCUUGGCUUCUGUCCUGUGUUUUGUUCUCCCUGUUAGUUCCCACUAGAGAUGCCUGCUGCUUACACGGCACACCCCGUGUUAUGGUGACUGCCCCUCUACUUAAGACUGAGAAUUACUUCACAGCUCACUUGUCAAGCAGCUCCCAAAAUUGGUCACAGACUGCUAAUUGGGACAAAUAAGUAGUAUAUUUUCCCCCCUUAGAAAUACCUACUUUACUCAAGCCUAUAACUUCACAGAUAACACUUUUUCAUCGUGAGUACAUUUUGUUAAUCACAGUCAGAUAACACUUUUCAUCGUGAGUACAUUUUGUUAAUAUGUUUUAAGAUGUAUGCUCAGUUCAAUUAUUUUCAGCAUUUCCAAGACAUUUCCUGAAAAUGCCUAUUUUUGCUACCAAAAAUAAAUGGUGAAGGGUCUGUUUAAAAUCCACAACCAGUUUUCUACACUGUUUUUAAUAUAAUGCUUUCAUUUAAAAAAAAACUAAAAAGUAAUUCUACUUUUGAUCUACGUCAGAGUUCGGAGCAAAGUUUUUUGCCUUUUAUUCAAAGCCUGUUUGCCUUUAAGUGGACUUACCAGCAAAGUAGAUAGAGCUUCCUCUCUUAAAACGAAGUCAGCUAGAAUUGGAAAGAGAGAUGAUUUUCCAAGUCACUUCUUGAAUUUAAUAAUUUCACAUUCUUCUCACCCUUUUUCUCAUUUAGAUUUAAAAUUAGGUUAUGUAUCAUUUCCUACUCUGCAUUUUUAGGUAUUUAGUUACAAGUAUGCCUCCCACAUUUUCUACAAAUAAGAGAGGUUAUAACACAUACAUAAUUCUAAAGGGGGCAAGGAGUUGACAGACCCUUCCCAUUUGGGGUUCAGUAUAAACAUCCAGGAAGACCACAGGUGAGAAUCUAAGAUAAUCUUCAACAUUCUGAAGUCACAGACUUGAACUGUCUAGCAAAUGGAUAUUCAGAGCAGCUUUUCCUGGCCUCCCAGUACUGAUUGUUGAGGUCAAACCACAAAAGUCAUAAAGCAAGAAUGAAGGACAUCCCUAUAGAGGAGCGCUGUGCAGCAUUUAUAUAGAGAAGAGCUGCUUUCCCUUUUGCCUUUAUUAGAUUAAUGGCAUGCUUCUCCAAAAUUUUAAUAUCAAAUUGUGAUGGAUAAUAUAAUCGAGCUGAAUUUUCUGACUUAAUGAAAACAAAGUUGUAUUUUUAUCUUGAAACAUAGAUUGUUUCUGUGUUGCUCUUCAAUAUAGUAGAAUGCUUGUGGUUAGUAAGUUAAUGUAUGAGAUCAUGAACUGAACUAUGACUAUGCCUUUUAGUCCUAUGGUCCUUUUUUAAAUUAUCAAUAUGAAGUCAAUUUCUUUGAUUCUUGGGUGGGAGUGCAGGUUGGGCAGCAGAGAGUGACUUCUUGGUAAAACUUAAAAUAUAACAUUGCAAUUGCAUGAUGUAAUAGUGUUAAAGAAAACCCUCUGAUUUUUUAACCUUCCUAAGGACAGAAAAAGUUACACAAUUUUACCAGGAUUACAGUAAACAGUUGAAGUGGUUUUUAUUGAGUAUUUUCUGAAAUAAAGGACAGGUACUCUUCGACUUAAAAAUCCCUCAUAGGGGCUCUGGCAAAUGCUAAUACUGUUGCUUUACAAUGUUUACAAUUCAGAAAAUACUACUUAACACAGCAGAAAAAUCCUCAUUUGUUUAGCAUUGAAAAGCUGAGAGUUGCUUCUUUAAUGUUGAAUAGUAGACAGUGAUAUUGAGCAUGGGCUUUCUAAGUGUAUUAUAUAUACAUGUAAAAAUAUAUUGGUGUCUCACACUCAGAAAGAUACUAUAUGGUAACAAUUAUUAGCAGGAGAUGGUGUUUCUCAGGAAUGUAGUAAAUCUUAAAUCAUAUAUGUGCUGCCCACCCUCCCACUCCUGACCCUGUAUCUCAUGUGAGCCUGCUUCAGCAAUGUUGCAAAGUUAAUAGAAAACUUUUUCUAAUCAAGCCAGGUCAUCAUGUAUGUUACUCAGUCAUAUUAGCCACUUCAUGAAUUGUGUGGUCAUUGAAUGGAAUCAGUGAUUCCUUUUAAUUUCCAGGGGAGAAAAUAAAUUCAAGAAAUCAACAUUUAUUCUGGUCAUUAAAAUUUAUAUUUUAACUUUGCAAUUCAGCAUUCUAAAUAUCAAAUAUGAAAGUCACAUAAUUUGUUCUGCAUUGUGUGUACUGUACAUCUCUUAUAACCUGUCAUUUAAAAUGUUCUUUCAGGAAAUGAAUGCUAGUCUGAAAGCAAUAGAUUGUAUAUUUGUAGUUUUUAAAUUAUUUAUAAGAGGUUGUAAGUAUUACCAGGCUAAAUAAUAAUCAGUGUUUAUUUUCAUGCAGUUUCUCUUUAACAGUUCCUAAUUUUAAAACUCAUUUCACCAAAUAAAUCUAUAAUCUUAUAAAUAAUUGUCUACAAAAUUUAUCAAGAAAAUGCCCACCCCAUUUAUAUCAUAUGGACCAGGACUAUGAAAUUCUUUUGUAAGUUACUUAAUGUAACACGAUGCAGUUCAGUGCCUAAUGAUGAACAUUUCUACAAUGCCUCUUUAAGAGACCACGUUGUGACUUUUUUCUCACAUAAAAUAGCUGAAGUCACUUGUGAAACUUAGUUAUACUUUGCUGCAUUUUAAUUAACCUUUAACAGCUAUUAAAGUGGAAUGUAAGUUAAAUCUUGAAGGAAAGGAAAUAAAUGUUUUCCAUUUUUGUGUUGAUUUACUUUCUGUAUGAGAGCAGCUGUGUUUUUGAUAGGUUUAUGGUUUGCAUGAAUUAAUAUUUAAAGUGGUCGAGGCCAAUGCAUGGCAAUUGCUGUAAAUCUUGAUGUUUGUUUCUGCCUUAUAAAAUUCUAUCAUGGCCUACCUGGAACUUAAUAUUCAGUAGACAAAUUAAUUGGUCCUCUUACAACUUUGUUUUUUGUAAGUAAACUAUUUUACAAACAAAUGUGAACAAAUUUAAUUGAAACUCUUGUUUAGCUGGCCUCUAAGAACUUUUCUUAAUAAAGCUCACAAAAUUUCUCAGCAAAUAACUCUCCCUUAAGUAGGAAAAAACCUAGAUUUCAUACUUGCUUACUUUGAAUUAGCAGCAACUUUCCAUAAGUAAAUCUGCUCUUGCAAAAACGUGAGCAGAAUAUUAAAAUAUAUAUAUAUAUUUUUACAUUUUGUGGUUUUAGAAUAGAAGCCAUUAAUGCAGUUUACACUGUUGGUUGUUUGCUUAACUACUUCAAGCUUCAUUUUCGCCUUUUCAGGUUUAUUGGGUUUAAAAAAAGGCAGCCCUUAGAAGGCAGCUACUAUGGAAAAGUGAAGUUUGCAUUCAAGAUAAAAUAGUAUUUUCAGCUCCGUGAAGAACCGUUCCUGCUGAAACUGCUGUAGAAAUUGUGAAGCUGCAUGAGUGGAGAGUUUUGAAUCUGUGAUUAUAGUAGUUCUCUCAGGUUUGUUUAUCUUGAUGUUCAAUGCACUGUGUUCUGUAAAUAGUUAUUAAAGUUGAGUAAUAUUCAGUUCUAUGCAGUGUUCCUUGUCACUGGCCUUUUGUGAAUGUGCAUGUUUUAAAUGGCAAAUUUUAAACAGUCUGUCCUCUGUUACUAAUAUUGAAAUAAACUGUACCAUUACAUAAA